AUGGCGACCGAAGAGGGUUCCGGUGGCGGCGGCGGCGGCGGCGGCGGCGGCGCCGGAGCCGGGGAGAAGAAGAGCUCGCAGGCGCCUGCAAAGCCUGGAGCGGGCGGCGCCGGAAAGUUCCUCGCGGGGUUGCCGUCGCUUGGCAACUUCUCCUCCGGCUCCAGCUCCUCCAACCUGGUACAGACCCUCACACUGAAAACCCCCUUAUUGUACAUUUGUACUUUCUUCGCGCGUUGGCGCGGCGAGGGAGGGUUCAGGGUUUACGUCUGCGAGCACAGCACGGAUCCCCCAGAAGGACAAGUUAUAAAGACGGAUUCAACAAAUAUUUUAAUCAGGCAUCUCCAGUUGAACAAGCAGAAGAGUGAGGGCAAAGAUGCGGAUUCCAGGACUCCAGGGGAAAACAACAGAGGGAAAAGAUUACAGAAUGUCUAA